UCUCUAAACUGUCAAGAGUUUUAGUGAAUUAAGAAUUUAGAUUUCGAAAGUUUCAUGAAAGGGCAGAGACGGAAAGAUAGAAUUGUCCUCUUCAGUGAUACCUCGGAGACCACUUCUAACUUGACCAAAUAAAACUUCAAGCAAAGGAGAUAUAUUGAGUGGGAUAAUAAGUCCAGUAGCUUUAAAAUAAACUCAACAGAUCUUAUAGAAAUAAUUCUAAUCAUUCAAAAACUUCAAGCAGGAAUUCUCCAUUGAAUAGAGUUUUAGGCCGGCUCAGCCAAAAGAGCAAGUCAAAUUCAAGAGAUACAAAAUACACCUUAUUCAAAAAUCUACAAACAAGCCUAAAAUUUUUCCAUUCACGAAAACUAAAGUUUCUAGGUGAAGCCUAGAAACAUUAACAAAUCAAUUCAAAGUUUAAAAA